AUGGCUCUUGCUGUGCAGGCGCUCGCAGUCAAUGUGCCGCAUAUCGAGCGCCGUGCCAUCUCACAGGCAAUCAUGGAUGAUCUGGAGAGAUACAUACAGUUUGCCUCUGGAGCGGAUCAGCUAUUCUGUCCCACCCCUCUCGGAACAACCUUGGUGACAACGUUCAGCGAUAUUGGAACAGAUACGCAGGGUUAUGUUACACGUGAUGACGAACGCAAAGAAAUAAUUGCUGCCUUUCGUGGCAGUACUGACCUGCAGGAUUUCGUUACGGAUUUGACGUUCGCCUUGGCGGACUUUUCAUCACCAGGCGUGACAGGGACAGACGGAGUAAAAGUGCAUCUUGGGUUCAUGGACGCUUACAACAGCGUCGCGGAUACAGUGAUUUCCACCGUUUCAGACCAGCUGAAGGCACAUCCUGAUUAUUCACUCAUCUCAACUGGGCACUCACUUGGCGGAGCACUCGCAUCCCUCGGAGGCGUCUCACUUGCUGCGAAUUUUCCGGACACACCAUUACGUGUGUUUACAUUUGGCCAGCCGAGGACGGGGAAUCCUGCAUAUGCGACACUCGCGGAAAACCUCAUUGGUGUUUCAAACCUUUUCAGAGGCACAGAGACUUAUGACGGUGUUCCCACCAUCCCACCUCAAUUUUUUGGCUAUCAGCAUCAUGGAUCCGAGUUUUGGGCGUCCAGAGAUCCGAACACCGAUCCAAAAAAUAUCGUAGCAUGUAUCGGUCGGGAAGACCCGCACUGCAGCGAUUCCAUUCCCUCCACAGGUAUUAACGAUGCACAUUUGCGCUAUUUCGGACAAAUUAUACCAUUCAACCUCACUGUUUGCACCUAG